GUAUUUGGUCAGAACCAUGACCCGACGAAACAUAACCCAUGAUCUCUGAUUUGAUUUGUAUGUAUAAUCACACACUUUCAAAAUCCCAGCAAUGUCCGAAUGACCGAAUUGUCAUAGCACUCCACCCAACAUGCCUCAUUUAGUCUCCUCCAUUUUCAUAUUAUUUCUGCUCGCAUGCCACGUCACCUCUGAAUCCACCGGAGAAGAAGAGUUCACCGAGGAGCUACUAUUCCGGCCACUUCCUGAUCGGAAAGUUCUUUCUCAUUUUCACUUCAACACUAAACUUCCGCCAACAAAUUCCUAUGGACAUCAUCAUCGCCUUUUUCCCAAAGCUAUUUAUCAGCUGGUUCACAAAUAUAGAAUUAGAGAAAUGGAAUUGUCUUUCACACAAGGCCGUUGGAACUAUGAAAGUUGGGGUGGUUUUGACCCUGUUGCUAGCAGCAAUGCCAAACCUCCUGGUGUUGAAUUGUGGGCUGUUUUUGAUGUCCCCCCGGAUCAGGUCGAUGCUUCGUGGAAAAAUCUAACACACACACUUUCAGGGCUCUUUUGUGCUUCAAUUAACUUUCUAGAAUCUUCUACCGCCUAUUCUGCUCCUGAUUGGAGCUUCCGGUCACUUUCAGGCAAUUUAAGAUAUGGCUCGUUACCUCGAGAGGCUGUUUGCACUGAGAAUCUGACUCCCUGGUUAAAGUUGCUUCCGUGUAGGGAUAAAGCUGGGCUUUCUUCAUUGAUGAACAGACCAUCGAUUUAUAGAGGAUUUUAUCAUUCUCAGCGGUUACAUUUAACAUCGGGUGAAUUUGAUCCGGUGGCUUCAGGUCAUGGAAUAAUGCUUGUACAAACCCUUACAGUUGUUCUACAACCAGAUGAUUUGGAAACUCAUGCUGCAUUCUCCAGCAGCAGAAAUUUACAACCUAGCUGGUCUAUGAGUUCAUUAUUUGGAAGAACAGUUGAUGGAAAAUGUGCUCUUGCCGAGUCCAGUAAUGUGUAUGUUCAACUUGAGGGGAGCUUGUAUGGUAAUAUAAAAGACACACUGAACGAUCAUGAAGUCGAAAAACCCCCAUAUGAAGAUUUUGGGAGUAAUCCAACCUUUGUAUUUUCAGUUUCUCCUGACAGAAUAAUAAAAGAAGUAAAUAGCUUCCGUAAAGAAGGCUCGUCUAUUUUAUAUGGUUUUUCAAUCAAGGAUUAUCACAAUUCGAAGACCUUUGAUCUGGGAUUCAGAUGGAAGCUUCCGAUUAGUUGGUCAUGUGUGAAGGCACCCUUACGUGUGAGCCGGUUUUUGAUGGGAAGUGGGAAUGAGAGGGGUGCUAUUGCUCUCUCUUUGCAGUCUACAGAAUGGAGUCAAAGUCUACGAAAGAUUGACAAAAAUGAAGAAAGAUGUAGGUUACGGGUCGAUGUUUUCCAAGUUGUACCUUGGUAUAUUAAAGUAUAUUAUCAUACAGCAAAAAUAUAUGUGGAUGGAAUACCACAAUCGAUCACAGCUACCAUUGAAAACAUGCGUGUCUCACCUUCCGAAGAUAAGGUGUCCCCUGGAGUGAUGGAAAUGAUUUUAAAAUUACCUUGUGAGAUGAAAUCAGCUUCGUUAACUCUAGAAUUUGACAAGGGUUUCUUGCACAUAGAUGAGUAUCCUCCAGAUGCUAACCAGGGAUUUGACAUCCCAUCUGCCAUAAUCAGCUAUCCGGAUUUCCAGACACGCUUGCAUUAUAAACAGGAUAAUGCUUUGAUCAAGUCACCUAUGGUGUCCAAGAUGCAGGAAAAAAGAACGAUAUUGUCUUACACAGAAGUGCUUCUUGUUCCUUUGACAACCCCUGAUUUUAGCAUGCCUUACAAUGUAAUCACAAUUACAUGCACAGUCUUUGCAUUAUAUUUUGGGUCGUUGCUGAAUGCGCUGAGAAGGCGUGCUGGUGAGGAAGAAAGACUACUGAAAAACAAAGACAAGAAGACCGGAAAACUCCAGUUGCUGUUGUCCAAAUUGUCGGCUAAAUUGAGAGGAAAACCUUGGGAGCCACCCUCAUCAACACCACCACCACCACCAUCAUCAUCAUCAAAAUUCAUAAGCUCGAAGGUAAUUAUGAAAAUCAUAUUGGUAGCUGCAAUGGCUUUUGGAUGGCAGUAUUAUUCCGAGUGACCUUCAGAAGUAGGUAAUGCACAGUUGCACACAGCCUGUAUACUACUGUAACGAACAAACCCUAAGAUUUUGUUUAUUAGGUCCUACAGAAACUAGGAACACUAGAAGUUAACUAUAUUGUUUUGUUCCGUAUCCUGAUUUUUUAUAGUUAUCAAAAUUCACCACCAUCCAGUUUAUCACCA